AUGGAAGGCUGUCCUGCAAGUUCUGCUGGCCCUGUCUCUCUUGGCUGCUGCUCUAUGGGCCUGACCACGGGAGAAGCUUCUCCAUUAGGCGUCCCCCACGCUCACGCGACUAACAUGGCAUCCGACGGCGGGGCGAGGCUUGCGGACAUGCGCCCGGGUAUCGAGGCAGUCGAUAUAGCCGCGACGGCAACGGCAACGGCAAGUAAGGUGGGUAGUGUGAAAGAAGACGGAAAGAGCGUCGACGGCACCUCCAUGCGGACUCCUGCUGCCACCUUCCUUGCCCUGGAAAGCACACGGGCUGUAACUCUCAACGGGAAGCCUUCGAACAUGCACGGAAGGCGCGUUCCUAGGGCUUGA